AUGGGCCUCACUGAUCAAUUGGGAGCAGACACACCAGCUGAGCCAGAAGCACCAGAAGAGGCAGCACCUGAAGAAAUACCACUAGCACCAGAAGACGCGGCACCAGAAGUAGCUGAGCCAGAAGCACCAGAAGAGGCAGCACCUGAGGAAAUACCACUAACACCAGAAGAAGCGGCACCAGAAGUAGCUGAGCCAGAAGCACCAGAAGAGGCAGCACCUGAGGAAAUACCACUAGCACCAGAAGAGGCAGCACCUGAGGAAAUACCACUAACACCAGAAGAAGCGGCACCAGAAGUAGCUGAGCCAGAAGCACCAGAAGAGGCAGCUCCUGAGGAAAUACCACUAGCACCAGAAGACGCGGCACCAGAAGUAGCUGAGCCAGAAGCACCAGAAGAAGCAGCACCCGAGGAAAUACCACUAGCACCAGAAGAAGCGGCACCAGAAGUAGCUGAGCCAGAAGCACCAGAAGAAGCAGCACCCGAGGAAAUACCACUAGCACCAGAAGAAGCGGCACCAGAAGUAGCUGAGCCAGAAGCACCAGAAGAAGCGGCGCCAGAAGUAGCUGAGCCAGAAACACCAGAAGAGGCAGCACCUGAAGAAGCGGCACCAGAAGUAACUGAGCCAGAAGCACCAGAAGCAGCACCCGAAGUAGCUGAGCCAGAAGCACCAGAAGAAGCUGAACCAGAAGUGGGAGAUCCAGACGAGACAGCAACAGAAGAAACGGCACCAGAAGCACCAGAAGAAGCAGCACCCGAGGAAAUACCACUAGCACCAGAAGAAGCGGCACCAGAAGUUACAGAGCCAGAAGCACCAGAAGAAGCUGCACCGGAAGUGGGAGAUCCAGACGAGAUAGCACCAGAAGAAGCAGCACCCGAAGUGGCAGAUCCAGAAGCACCGGAGGAAGCACCGCUAGCACCUGAUGAGGCAGCACCAGAAGAAGCAGCACCCGAAGUGGGAGAUCCAGAAGCACCUGACGAAACACCGCUAGCACCCGAUGAAGCAGCGCCAGACGAAACAGCACCGGAAGAAGCAGCACCCGAGGAAGCACCGCUAGCACCUGAAGAAACAGCACCUGAAGUGGCAGAUCCAGAAGCACCAGAAGAAGCAGCACCGGAAGAGGCAGCUCCAGAUGUGGGAGAACCAGAAGCGCCGGAUGAAGCACCGCUAGCACCGGACGAAGCAGCACCAGACGAGGUAACAACAGAUGAAGCUGAAGAAGCAACAGCGGAUGACAACGAGCUAGAAGCCGAUGCCGAACAUAACGACGCUGAUCUCUUGGCUAAGGCAGCUUGA